UCUAUAGCUGAGAUAAUUGGUUUUAAAGUCUCUUUCUUAUCUUUCCCUUUUGUCAGAAAUAGUUGUGUGUGUAGUAGCUGUUGUGUCUGAGCAGACGGAGGCAGGGGUGAGCUGUGACAGGUGUUCCCACCAUGGCCUGUGCUCUGCUUGAAAUCAGGGCCCACCUCCAGAUCCGAAGCCUCAUGGCCCGGCAGUGCCUGGCAGAGUUUCUGGGUGUGUUUGUGCUCUUGCUCCUCACUCAGGGGUCUGUAGCCCAGGCUGUCACUAGUGAAGAGAAAAAAGGCAACUACUUUACCACCUGUCUGGCGAGCUCUCUGGCUGUUACAAUAGAUAUCUACGUGGCAGGAAACGUCUCAGGAGCCCACCUAAACCCAGCCUUUUCUCUGGCCAUGUGCAUGGUGGGACGCCUCCCAUGGGCCAAACUCCCCAUUUACUGCUUUGUGCAACUGCUGUCUGCUUUCUGUGCCUCAGGGGCCACCUACGUUCUCUACUAUGAUGCCCUCCAGCACUACACAGGUGGGAACCUGACAGUGACCGGUCCCAAAGAGACAGCCUCCAUUUUUGCCACUUACCCUUCCCCAUAUCUGUCCCUGAACAAUGGCUUCUUGGAUCAGGUUCUGGGUACCUGGAUGCUGAUUGUGGGGCUGUUAGCUAUCUUAGACAGACAGAAUAAAGGGGUACCUGCAGGUCUGGAGCCCGUGGUGGUGGGACUGCUGAUCCUCACUAUUGGACUGUCCAUGGGUGUUAACUGUGGCUCUCCACUCAACCCUGCCCGGGACCUGGGCCCAAGGCUCUUCACCUACUUUGCUGGCUGGGGCCCUGACGUCUUCAGUGCUGGUAAUGGCUGGUGGUGGGUGCCUGUAGUGGCUCCUAUGGUGGGGGCCACCCUGGGCACAGCCACCUACCAGCUCCUGGUGGCUCUGCAUCACCCUGAGGAUUCAUCUCAACUCAAGACUUCAGACUUGGUUACUCUGACUCAGCUGGAAUGUAAGCUGUGAUGAUGACCAACCUUCUCUCACUCUGCAAGAGCACCGUGAGCUGGCCAGCAUACAAGACAGAUAUUCUUUGUAUUAAUAUGUCAGACCAAGAUACUUGUUUACCACUCCUGGAGGACUCCAGACUGGUCUUCUUACCCUGGGAAGCUCUAGGCAUGCAGUUCCUUAAGGUAGCCGCCAGAGGGUGUUGGCUUUGGGAAGGUUUCUAGAGUCGGGUGGAUGGAGGGGUUCUACGAUCCUGAAGGGUAGGGCCUGGGAGAUUCUGGAGAGAAGCUUGGCUUCCUUGGCUCUUCCUUCUCGACUUUUUCGCCUUAAGAGAAGGUCUCCCUGUGGAGUCCUGAAAUUUUCUAUGCUGACCGUACUGGCCUUGACUUCAGUCAAGGGAGCACAGGGUGUGACCCAACAAACCCGACAAGAGGAUUUUAAGUUCGACUCAGAAGUGAUGGAGCACCCUUCGGGACCCUGAGAGUUUUAGGUCUCAGAGGUACAUAGUGAGACACUCCCUCCCUCCACCUCCUCAAAACAACACCACCACAACAAAAACACUUGUAUUUUGCAGUAUUAGGGCCUAAUACUAAUUUAAGGCCUAGGCAAGGGCUCUGCCUCGAAACUAUCUCCCUGUUUUUUGCUGCCACCUCGGGUAAUCUUUUUUUUUUUUUUUUUUUUUUUUGGUUCUUUUUUUUUUUUUUCUGGAGCUGGGGACCGAACCCAGGGCCUUGCACUUCCUAGGCAAGCUCUCUACCACUGAGCUAAAUCCCCAACCCCACACCUCGGGCAAUCUUAACGUUUCCUACCUUUGACCUGACAGGUGCACCUCCCCUAUACUCCAACGACCUCAGAUGGUUCUUCGAGGGAUGUGUGUGAGUGUGUGUGUGUGUGUGUGUGUGUGUGUGCGCGCGCGCGCGCGCGCUCGCGCUCGCAAUAUACCAUCCAGGGGAUGUGGUAAGGGGCAAAGUCAACUUCUCAGCGUCAAAAGAACCAAGCGGAGAAACUGAGGCACAACGCCCAGUCAAUGCAUAGCUGUGCCUUUACAGGAAACUGAAAGGCCUUGAGAUGAGCCAGGGCGAGGAGGGAAGCACAGCAGAGACUUGGGCUAGAGAGAAGCGUGCUAAGGGUCUUCUUCAGCGCUUCUCCCGCAUCAGGCUCCGCCCCGAAGAUGCUUUCUGUCAGAGAAAGCAGCAUUCAAUCGGUUUCUGGCUUCCAAAAUAAAGCAGCAGCAUCACAGCGUC